AUGGCGGCCCUCGGCGUGCUGCUGCUGCUCGCCGCGGCGUCGGCCGUGUGCAGCGGGAGUCUGGUGGUGGUGAACUCGGGCGUGGAGGUCGCCAGGGGUCGCUCGGUGUCCGUCACAGAGAAGGAGCUGAAGAUCGGCGUGGACCCGGGCGCCGACUGUAAGGUGGAGGUGGUGAUGAACGAAGCCGUCAGUCAGAGAGUGGGCCGGCUCACGCCACAGGUGUUCGACUGCAGCUUCCUGGAGGACGAGGUCCGGUACGUCCACAACGGGAGUCCCCUGCUGGACGAGGACACGGUGAUGCUCAGGGUCUUCAGGUUCACGUCCUCAGACACGCUGGUGGAGACCCUGGUCCUGCUGGUCCGGGUCCUGGACUCGGGUUCUGCGCUGGUGGAGCUGGGCCUGGUUCCUCUCGUGGUUCCUCAGUUCUUCGCUUUGUCCAACGCCAUCGACGGCGCCGUGCUCAGCAUCAGGACCAGGGGCGACCUGCUCUGCUCCGUCCGGCUGACGACCAGCGACAGCAGCGUGCCGGCGCUGGGUCAGCUGGUGAGGGAGGAGGACGCCGCGCUGAGGAAAGGCAGAGAGGCGGCGGCGCUCUGUCCUGGAAACAAACCCUGUCGCCAUGACACCAAGGAGGUUCUGUUCCUGAAGACCAGCUGCCAGGACUUCCUGAGCUCGGGUCUGAAGUACCAGCACCUCAGUCCUCCGUCGCCGGAGAUCGACUACAUCUCCAUCCGGGUGGAGCUGAGGGAGAAGAGCACCCGGGCGCUGCUGGAGUCGGAGGCGCUGUGGUUACCGGUCCUGAUCCACGGUGCGAUGCAGAACGCCUUCAUGGCCUCCUUCAUCCUGGAGGUGGACCAGUUCAUCCUCACGCCGCUCACCACCGCCGCCCUGGACGCCAGCGACCACGAGACGCCGCAGGAGCGGCUGGUUUUCAACGUGACGGCCCCCCCCGCCGAGGGCUACGUCACCCACCUGGACGACCACACCCGGCCCGUGGGCUCCUUCACCUGGCAGGACCUCCACCAGAUGAAGGUGGCCUACCAGCCGCCCAACGCAGCCAAUCACAGCAGCCAAUCACAGCGCAGGAACUACGAGGUGGAGUUCCAGGUUAUAGACGGCUCCUACAUGACCAGCCCCCCCAUCGUGGUGCACAUCUCCAUCAGGGUGGCGGAAACCAACGCACCCAGAUGUGAUGCUGCACACGAGGGACUUCCUGUGGACAGCUUCCUGCAGAGAGACGUGCUGCAGGGUCACGUGUUCUACCGGCACUCGGGGGAGGAGCUGUUCGAGGACGCCUUCGACCUCACGCUGUCCGACAGCCACACGCCGCCCAACCUGUCGCAGACAUACACCGUGGUCGUCCACGUGUUCCCGGUGAAGGACCAGCUCCCGGUGGAGGCGCCCGGCGCCGUGCGCUCUCUGACGGUGAAGGAGACGGAGGUGGUGCACGUCACGCAGGCGCAGCUUCACUUCACCGACCGAGAGCAUCCGACCUCCGACCUGAGCUACAGCGUCACGCAGCCCUGCUUCAGCCCAAUGCAUCCUGGGCUGAUGGACGCAGGACGUCUGUUCCACACGGACACCGCCAACGCCAUGAGGAGGGACCACAUGGUGCCCGUGUUGAAGUCCUUCACACAGCAUGCAGUGAACCACAUGAAAGUGGCCUUCAUGCCCCCGGUGGAGGACAUCGGCCCGGCGCCGCUCUUCGUCCAGUUCGUCUUCUCCGUCAGCGACCACCAGGGCGGCAGCGUGUCCGGCGUCCUCUUCAACAUCACCGUGACCCCCGUGGACGACCAGGCCCCAGAGGCCUUCACCAACCUGCUGCGGGUGGAGGAGGGCGGAGAGGCCUUCCUGACGGAGGAGCACCUCCUGGUCCGGGACCGGGACAGCAGCGAGGACGCGCUGAGGGCGGAGCUCCAGAGGCCGGCUCGCCACGGCCGCCUGGAGCUGCAGGGCCGGACGCUGCUGCCGGGAGACCAGUUCACUCUGCAGGACCUGAGAGGACUGAGACUCAGGUUCGUCCACGACGACUCGGAGACCACGCAGGACGAGCUGAGUCUGAAGGUCACGGACGGGCUGAACUGGGCUGAGCUGGUUCUACCGAUACAGGUCCUGCCGAUGAACGACGAGCCCCCCCAGCUGGGAGGAGGUCUGCGGGGGGAGCUGCGCUGUGAGGAGGGGGGGCGGGUCCAGGUGACGCUGGACUUCCUGUCGGCGACGGACCGGGACAGCGAGGACGCCCGGCUGACCUACAUGCUGGCCCGCACGCCGCGGCGAGGCGAGCUGCAGAGAGCCGGGCAGACGGUGGACAGGUUCUCCCAGACGGACGUGCUGCAGGGACACGUGUACUACGUCCACACAGGCGGAGAAGUCGGACCCGAGCGCGUGUUGGACACCGUCACGCUCAUCAUCUCCGACGGCGAGGCCGGAGGGACAGACGGCUGUUGCCAUGGGGACGCCCCGCCCCCACCUGUCCCCCUCCACGGCACGCUUCCCGUGUACGACCUCAACAUCACCGUCCUGCCCGUCAACAACCAGGUCCCCGCCAUCACGCUGGGUGAGUCCCUGCUGGUCGUGGACGAGGGCUCCUCAGCGUGUCUGUGUGGGGGGGUCCUGGGGGCCUCGGACCCCGACAGCCCCGGGGACCAGCUGACCUUUCACCUGGAGACCCCCCCGCUGCACGGCUUCCUGGAGAACACGCUGCCGACGGCGGGAUCGGAGAAGAGCAACGCAGGCGUGCGAGUGGAAUCCUUCAGUCUCGUCCAUCUGACCUCUGGUUUCAUCAACUACGUCCAAUCUGAACACAAAGGGGCGGAGCCAACAGUUGACCAGCUGUCCAUUAGUGUGAGUGAUGGCUUGCAUCGCUCCGCCCACGUCCCCUUCUACAUCAUCAUCAAUCCAACCAAUGAUGAGACGCCUGCUCUGCUGCUCGCCAACUUCACCGUGACGGAGGGGGGGAUCAGGGAGCUGACUCCGUCCAUACUGAACGGUUUGGACCUGGACGCCCCUCUGGACCUCCUCAGCUUCACCGUGGUGCAGCCGCCGGUUCACGGGCGCCUGAUCAACGGCAUCUACGGCGCCGAGCUGAGCCGCUACAAGGAGAUGGGAGGCGACCUCCUGCAGAGGAGCCUCCCCGUCACCUCCUUCACCCUGCAGGAGCUGCGACAGGGCAUGAAGAUCAUGUACAUGCACGAUGACACAGAAACCCUGGAGGACGCCGUGGCUCUGCAGCUGACAGAUGGCGUCCACACAGUCCGGGGGACGGCUCAGGUCACCGUGCUGCCGCUCAACGACGAGAAACCACGACUGCUCAAGAACGCUGGGCUGGAGGUGGACUCUGGCGAGCGGAGGGUGAUUUCCAGUGUAGCUCUGGAGGCCGAGGACAUGGACACGCCCCCAAACCAGGUGUACUUCUUCAUCAACACUGCACCGCGGUUUGGAACCCUGCAGCUCAAGACCGAGUCCAGUUGGACCGAGCUGUCGGCCGCUCAGAACUUCACUCAGCUCGACGUGGAGCUGAACCGUCUGUGGUACCGACACAACGCCAACGCCGCUGGGUUCAAAGGUCACGACAGCUUCCGCUUCACCCUCAGCGACCUGGAGAACGAGGCUCCUGCUCAGAGCUUCUUCAUCUCCGUCCAGACUGUGCACAAAGGUGACAUCGUGCUGCAGAGCAAGGCCGUGACCCUGAGGGAGGGGCAGCGGGUCGUCCUCAACACCGACAUCCUGCUGGCGUCCGACACGGCGGCUCGACCGGAGGAGCUGGUUUACACCGUGUCGCUCCCCCCCCGACGCGGCCUCGUCCACGCCGUGCGGCGGCCCGGCGUCCCGCUGACCAGCUUCACGCAGCUGGACGUCGCCGCCCACAGAGUGUGCUACACACACGACAACAGCCACGACGGAGAGUCCGACUCCUUCAGCUUCGUGGUCAGUAACGGUGUGAUGUCACGCAGCGGCAGCCUCCACCUCAGCAUCCAGCACGGGGACCGCAUCCCCCCCACCCUCCGCCACAACCUGGGCCUCCGGCUGCAGGACGGCGCCACAGAGGUCAUCCCCCCCGAGCUGCUGCAGCUCACCGACCCCGACACCCCCCCCGCCAACCUGAGCUACAUCGUCACGCAGCCCCCCCGCUACGGGAGGCUGCUGCUGAGAGGAGCCCCCCUGACCCCCCCGCUCAGGUUCACCCAGACGGACGUGGACCGGCGGGACCUGAGUUACCGCCACGCCCCGGGCAGCCCGGCUCAGACCGACAGGUUCCACUUCCUGUCGAGCGACAGGUUCCACUUCCUGUCGACCGACGGGAACAACAGAGGCUACCUGGAGUCCGGACAACUGAGGGAGGAGCCUGCUGUGUUCAACAUACAGGUGGACCAGGUGGACAGGACUCCUCCCAGUCUGACCAGCAGACGCAGCCCCAGCACGGUGGUGGAUUUGGGGGCCGGACGGUUCGGGAUCUUCAUCACCAGCAGACACCUGCAGGCGUGGGACCCGGACAGCCCCCCCGAGGAGCUGGAGUUCUCCAUCAGCAGGCCUCCUCACUUCGGGUUCCUGGAGAACUUCCUCACAGGGGGCUACAUCCGGGGUCGCUUCACCCAGCGGGACGUGGACCAGCGGGCCGUGGUGUUCGUCCUCCCGGCCGACGUGGAGGUGACGGCCGACAGCUUCGAGUUCCGCCUCACGGACCCGGCGGGAAACACGAUGCUGCCGGACGUAUUAGAGCUGUUCUGGUCUCGGGUGGACUUGUCUGCGACCUGCUACAGAACCUGUGAGACCUCGGGGACUCUUCAGAUCCAGAUCACGCGCAGUGGGAGGAGCUUGGACCCGGCGUACGUUGCGAUUCAGGUGGAGGAAGGUUCGGCCAAACUCGGAACAGACUUCACUCACAGCUCAGCUUCUCUCAUCCAGUUUGACGCAGGCGUCAGUGUGAAAACCUGGAACAUUUACCUGAUGGACGACGGACUGGAGGAAAACCACGAGACCUUCAGCGUCGUCCUGAAGAAUCCGAAGAACGCCGUCCUGGGUCAGAGGUCGUCGGCGAGCGUGGAGGUCAUCGACCCCCGAGGAGGAAGGUGCGAGCCCGAGGAACUGGUGGUGGACGAGGGCGGGAAGGCUCCGCCCCCUCGCCUCCCGGACCCCCCCACGCCGGAGGAGGACGAGGACCCCGUCACCGACAUCGAGGCGGAGCUGAUGUGGGAGAACCAGCCUCACCCCCCCAGAGGAGACGUCCCCGACCGCCGGCCCUCCCUGGACUACGGAGAGCGGGAGCCCCAGGACCAGCCGGCGCCCGGCCACGCCCCCCCCCACAGCAGGAGGCUGCCAGGGACGGGCGCGGCGGCGAGCGAGGUCGGACGUGAAGGAGUAAAGUUCCACAGCCUGACUCCUCUUCGUCUGGAGGAACUGAAGCCGGAUGACUCUGGGUGGAGCUGGUCUCACAGUCGCCCCCUGCAGGAGGGGCGAGUUGGUGACACUCCUCAGAUGGAUCAUCCAGCACCAGAGCUACGGCAGCACAAGGUGCACAAGUCGUUCAGCAGCUGGUGUCCUGAUGGUUGGACUCACUACAGGAGACGUUGUUACAUCAUCAGCUCGUCUGUGGCGACCUGGGCGAGCGCUGAGAGAAGCUGCUCACUGCGGUUCAACAGCAGCUUGACCAGCGUGCGCUCCAGGAGAGACAUGUCCUGGCUGUGGAGGUUCUCCAGGAAGCAGCCGUUCUGGAUCGGUCUGUCUCCAGGUCCGAGGGGCUGGACGUGGGCGGACGGCAGCUCAGUGUCCUUCUCCAGGCUGAGGGGGGCGCUGCCGAGCCGCACCAGGGACGACUGUGUGCUGGUUGAAAACCCCGGCAGCUGGAUCUCCUCAAGCUGCUCGGCAGAAACUCAACACGCAUUCAUCUGUUCGUCUCCGGCUCUGAGACACUGAGGACACUCACAGCGUCGUCAUGACGACCGGAAGGAACUCCUCAU